UUCGCCACUUCUCCCAUACCAUCUCUUCCUGAGCGGAGCCGAUUUGUUCGUCGACUCGCCAGCGCACACCUUUCUUGCUUCUUGACACCCAUCAUGCCCACGAGCUACUACAUCGGCGUCGACGUCGGCACAGGCUCUGUUCGCGCUGGUCUUGUCAAGCAGGAUGGAACUCUCGUCGCGUCCAACACAGUGUCUACAAUCACCUACCGCGAUCAAGAGGAUGCGAACAUCUUUGAGCAAUCGACAAACAAUAUCUGGGAGGGAAUGUGCAAGGCCAUCAGGACGUGCCUUGCAGAAGCCAAGGUCAAGCGAUCGGACGUCAAGGGCGUCGGUUUCGACGCGACAUGUUCGCUCGCAGUGACCGAUAUGAAUGGCGACCCCGUUGUCGUCACCAAGAGCGAUCAGCUUGGAGAUAAUGGCGAUAGAAACAUUAUUCUGUGGGCGGACCAUCGAGCGGAAGAAGAGGCGAAUCUGAUCAAUAGUACCGGGUCGGUCGUACUAGACUACGUUGGCGGUACCAUGAGCCUCGAGAUGGAAAUUCCCAAGACACUCUGGCUCAAGAAGCACAUGUCGCCCGACAAGUUCGCGCGCUGCCAGUUCUUCGACCUCCCCGACUUCCUCACGUACCGCGCAACGGGCGACAACACGCGCUCGUGCUGCUCACUCACGUGCAAGUGCUCAUUCGUGCCGACCAAGAACGGCUGGCAGGCCGAAUUCUUCCAGAAGAUCGGCCUCGGCGAGUUCGUUGAGAACGACUUUGUGCAGAUUGGCAAGAAGGAGCGUGAAGUGCUCACUGCGGGUUUGCCUGUCGGCAAGGGGCUGUCGAAGAAGGCAGCGGCGGAGCUCGGCCUGGUUGAGGGCACUCCAGUCGGUAGCGGUGUGAUUGAUGCCUAUGCAGGGUGGCUGGGCACGGUGGCUGCGCGCUUCAAGGAAGAUGGCAAGCUGUCGGACGUGCCUAAUCUCGACGAGUCUAGACAUCGUCUUGCUGCAUGUGCUGGCACCAGCACAUGUCAUAUCGUACAAAGUCCGGAAGGCAUUUUUGUGAACGGCGUGUGGGGUCCGUACAAGAAUGCUGUCUUCCCUGGAUGGUGGAUGAAUGAAGGCGGGCAGUCCUCGACCGGCCAGCUCAUUGAUUUCAUGAUCACAACGCACCCUGCGUACCCCAGGCUGAAGCAGAUCGCGGAGGAGCAGAAGACGAACAUUCACGAAGUGCUACAGAACGAGCUGAACAAACUCUGCGAAGAGAAUGGUGUGGAAACGUGGACAGAGCUGACGAAGGACAUGCACUUCUACCCUGACCUGCACGGGAACCGUUCGCCGAUUGCAGAUCCACGCAUGCGCGGCAUGCUUAUGGGGCUCGCUCUCGAUGACGGCCUCGGUGAUCUUGCGCGCAAGUUCAACCUCACGCUUGAAGCGAUCGCGCUGCAGACGCGACACAUCGUUGAUGAGAUGAAUGCCAAGGGGCACGCGAUCACCGCGAUCUACAUGUCCGGCGGGCAGGCAAAGAACCUGAUGCUGAUGCGCCUGUUCGCGAACACGUGCAGCAUGCCCGUCGUGCUCCCGCAGAGCAGCGGCGCCGCGGUCGUUCUUGGGGCAGCGAUGCUUGGCCGCUUCGCGGCGGAGGCGGGCAAGCGAGAACGCAUGACGGAGAAGGAGCAGUGCGAGGCGCUGUGGAACAUCAUGAUUGAGAUGACACCGCCUGGGACGAUGAUUGCCCCGUCAGCGAGCGCGAGGGAGAAGAAGCUGCUGCUCGCGAAGUACAAGAUCUUCCGCGAAUCAAUUGAUAUCCAGAAACGGUGGCGGAAGGAGAUGGAGGAUGCCUCCCGAUGAACCCUUCAUGCCCGCAGAGAUGCCGCAGGAACGGCAUGGACUCAAUGAAUGUUGUAAUACCACAGCUGUGUAAAUAGACUCCGCCGAUGAGUAGAAGGGUGUGUUACCUUGGCAUGAGAAGAGGGAGAUGGACCUUGUGAGAUUGGUGGCUCGCGUUCCUCCGUUCAGUAUUGCUUUCUCGUUGUAUAUAAUAGAGCGAGCGGCAGGCUCAUCGAUGAACCUCUGUAAGAGGAACACAGACGUCGUCCUUUCAUAACCCU